CGCUAUCCCAGUGGAAGGUUUAAAGUUACGUUAGCUGAUGUAGGAUGGCUGACUCGCCAGGUGCUCAAGUGAUGUUCUGGCCCCGUAGACUACGCGGGGGAUGCGGUGCUUGUCGUGGAGGAGCUCUGGUGUCCUUGACUCCGCGUUUUAGCGAAAUAAAAGGGGAAACCACGUUCCUUCGAGUACAAGAACCUACUUUGGACAAUGACGGCUGGCAUCGUGAGUUUUUGGUGUGGGCAAUAUCAUGCUUGUACUCUGUUCAUGUCAUGUGGUUUCCCCCAACCCUCGCCCUCUUCCCCCAUCGACCUUCCCGGGAGGCUGUGGGGGGGUUUGUAAUUGAACUCACACUCCGUGGAACCCGUCCUUUCCAACUUAUCAUUGCAAUUCUGACUCCGUUACGAUUCUUCAGGCUCUGGUCACGUUCACGAUCCUUCAUAACGAAGAGACCAGAAAACAGAGAUCGGUUCCGGCUCCCGGACGGAAAAAAGAAACCCAUGCCUUGCUCCCUUUCCCUUCGCUUCGCGCCCGUCCCCCCCAACUUUCCCUCCUUCUCUCUCACUUUUACCCCUUUCCCUUCCCUACGCUUCUGUUGGGGGGAGGAACUGGAUGCAGCAUCGUGAGAUUGUCUCAGAUGGGUUUGCCUUCGCGAGAUGCCGAGGUGGAAAAAAGAAAGAUGAAAAGAGUAGGCAGGCGGGCGGCCAAUUGUGCGGUUCGCACAGGCAUCGUGGAGAUGUGAUGGAUGCCGUGGUGUGUGGAAAAGCCUACCGUAAUUUUUGGCCCGAUCUAGUCUGUACACUGACAAAUUGUGGUGGUGGAGGAGUGGUAUUUUUUUUUUCCUUUUCUUUCCUCCCCCCUCUCUCCCCCAAUUCGAUUUGGUUCCUGAGCCGAGAGGACCACCAACAGGCUGUUUUCCUUUCUUUUUUUUUUCUUUUUCUUCUUGCCCAUUUUAUUCGUUCAUUGCAAAACCCAUGGGAUCUACUUGUAAACCUACCGUCCUAGUACGAGUAUUUUUCGAAUCCUUACUUGAUUGAUCUGCGGAGAGGUUAUUCCGCUAUAGCAUGGUCUACUCUACUCGUGCACACCGGUAUCAUCAUACAUUACAAGGGAGUCGGAUGUGAGUACUCGUAGGCGAGCGAGUGAAUAAAAACAAGAAAGAGCUGCAGCUACAGCCAGGACUACGCCAAGGGCUAAGGUUAGCAAAAGUGGUGGGGUUUAAAAAUAAAAUGAAAAAUGAAAAUGAGGAACGGAAAAUGGGAGCGAAAAAGUAACCAUGAGGAUAUGGAGUGACUUACCGUACAGGUACUUGUACAUGUACCGGUAUUGUAUCACAGGUUACCAUAACGGUACCAUACUCGAAGAAUGGCGAACAAGUCCGAACUGGGAUGAGCUCAUAGAGCUGACUUCUCCAACAAUCUAUCACACUUCUUAACAAGCUAUAUAAAUUGAAGUUUCCCACACUCGUCACGGACCUUUGAGUCGCAAAUAAAAAUAAUAAAAAUACCAUACUCACCUCGCUCCUCCGCUGGGAAAGAGGAUAAGAGAACCACCCCGAUACUCUCAACACCUGUCUUAGGGCCCGCCCUUUCACCUCUCUCUCCUUGGCUUGUGAUCUCGCUCUCUACCUCAACACUGCCUGCCCUCCGUCUCUGCCGCUUUCAUUUUUCCACAACCCCUCCUCCACCCCCACCUUCUCGCCUAGACUCUGCCGCUCUGAUCUCUCGACCGAUAAUCCAUUACGAGCAAGCUUCUGCGUGAGCACUGAACUCCCUCCCCCCUCGUCCUGGGUUUCGAUUCCUCUGUAUUCUUUCGUUAUGUUGUUUCGGCCGGAUCCUUGAAUCGGUGGUGAGCAGAAAGGAGGCAGAGAGGUGGGGGGGUCGUUUGGCUGGGGAUACCAAACUAUUCUUCUUCCUUAUUUUCUCCCUGACCGCGCCAGAACUUUGCACGCCUACUUUCUGCUCUCCUCUAAAUAUCUUCUCCUCCUCACGCGUUUCUUCACACCUCCUCACUCCUAUCUUCACUUCCCAAAAGUUAUCUUUCUGGAAACUGACGGACUGGUUUUUUAGCCUUUAAGACUCCCCCGCUUGGUUUACAGUUUAUCACCAUGGCUCCCAGUACUACGCUUGCGGCUCACACCAGCAUCGAUCGGUUCAGCACUCCCAGCCCACACCCGACGCACCUCAGUAUUGGCAAUCAUAAUCAACGGGUUUUGAAAGAUGAUGCCUCCGGUUAUGUUGCACCGGUGUUUGAAGGAAAGGAGAAGCAGAUGGAGCUCGGUAGCUUUCAUUCUUUCUCGCUCCGCUGUUUUGUCAGGGACGUUUUAAUUGCUAAUUGUUGUAGUCAUGGACAAGCUCGAAGGGAAGGGAUUCAUCCCUCCGGAUUUCGUCGAGAGUGAGACAAAUUGGUUCUACUCAGCGCUCGGGAUUGACGGUAGGUGCUAUCGUAUUCCCUUCUUCCGGAAAUUUAUCCGAUGCCCUAUUUUUGGUCGAACCGCGACUAAUUUGGCCGUUUAGACAUGUACUUCAAAUCAGAAACCGCUGUGAGCAUCUGGCAUACGACGGAUAUCUUGGAGCGGGACCCGUACUGACUUGGAUUGCGAUAGGAUACAAUUGUGAACCAUAUUUUGUCUCUCUAUGCCGGAAAGGUUGCGGCAUUUUCUCGGGACGACAAGCGUCUGGAAAUUCGGCUCGAUAGAGAGGCAGAGGGUAACACUUUACUAUUCCUCCCUAUCUAUGUAUCCCUGCCAUUUUGUCGGGGCUCGGCUAAUCCGGCAUCUAUUUAGAUCAUGCGGUGUACAUCGAUACGUCUACCCCUGGAAUAUCCGUGCUCUCCGGCCCGCAGUAUGAGCAGAGAAUCGACAAGAAAUACCUCAACUCUUCGAACCCUGCGAAAGCUUACCGCGUUGAAACCUUCCGUUCCUCUUCCCAGCUUACCGCGUCUAAUCAGCAGCUCCGCUGCUACUUCGUCUACCAAUGCGACUUUGUCAAUCCCAACCCUGAUCCCAAUGAGACAGACUUGAGCGUUAUCUCUGAUAAAUCUUUCCUGGAAAAGGUUUCCCCUAACACCAAGGAGGUUUACCAGGGCAUUGUGGGGUCCCUAAUUGAGCGGACUGGGCCUGUUAUUGAGAUGUUUGAGGUCCAAGGUACAAGGGAGAAGAGGCUCGUCAUUGGAUUUAAACAAGGCAGCUCCAUGGGUCUAUUUUCGGCUCUGAGCGACCUUUACCACUACUAUGGAUGUACCUCCACGAGAAAGUAUGUCGGUAAGUGGAAAUCUAUAUCCUUCAACCGCGAUUGUGUCCGAAUCCCGGCUAACAUUCGCAGAACAAUUCUCUAACGGCGUAACCGUGAUGUCAAUCUACCUUCGACCUCUCCCCUAUAAUUCUACCGUCCCGAACCCUGCAGUGUUCCCGCCUAUCGAGGCAUCGAUUUACCAAAUCAUGAAGGAAGUUUCUCUUUUGUACUGUAUUCCUCAAAACAUUUUCCAGGAACACUUUAUCAGUGGCCGUUUGAGUCUGCAGGAGACAAUAUACGCUCACUGUGUUUGCCACUUUGUGAGCCAUUUCUUAAAUAGGCUAGGUUUGUAAUCCCUGUCACCUCAUAAACGUCACGGGCGGGUUGCUGAUUGUGUGGCUUAGGUUCCGAAUAUGGCGCCCUAUCCUCGUUGCUCGACGCGAGCAAUAGUGUCCACGCGGAGACACUCACCAAGAUCAAGCGUCGUCUUCGCCAAGAAACCUUUACUUCGGAUUAUAUUUUCGAGAUCAUCAAUGACCACCCCGAGUUGGUUCGUUCAUUAUAUCUAUCGUUCGCCAAUCAGCACUAUGUGCAGACCCGCGGUGAACACGAUGACUUUAUCCCUACGCUCAGCUAUCAACGCCUGCAAGUUGGCCGGGUGUUGACGGAUGAUGAACUUGAGGCUUUGAUAUCGACGAGUGUCGGGAACGAGCAUCAAGAGAAAGUCAUGCAAUACUUUAUUACCUUCAACCGCAACGUACUGAAAACAAACUUUUACACCCCCACCAAGGUUGCGCUCAGUUUCCGGCUUCACCCUCGAUUCUUGCCGACUGUCGAAUACCCUCAGCCAUUGUUUGGCAUGUUCUUAGUUAUUGGAUCGGAAUUCAGGGGAUUCCAUCUGAGGUUCCGCGAUAUUGCACGUGGGGGUAUCCGUAUCGUUAAAAGUAGGAAUCGGGAGGCAUACGCGAUCAAUGCACGUUCGGUCUUCGAUGAGAAUUACAACCUCGCAAACACUCAACAACGCAAGAACAAGGAUAUCCCGGAAGGUGGGAGCAAAGGUGUUAUUCUCCUUGAUGCCAAUCAUCAAGAUAAAGCUACGGGAGCAUUCCAGAAGUACAUUGAUUCGAUUCUGGAUCUCCUACUUACACCCAAUAGCCCCGGUAUCAAGGAUCCUAUUGUCGAUCUUCACAAGGAGCCCGAGAUCUUGUUUAUGGGUCCCGAUGAGAACACAGCCGGCCUAGUGGAUUGGGCUACCGAGCACGCCAGAACCAGAGGUGCACCUUGGUGGAAGUCCUUCUUUACCGGGAAGAGCCCUAGCUUGGGUGGUAUUCCUCAUGAUACAUAUGGAAUGACGUCCCUGAGUGUUCGCGAAUACAUUCUCGGUAUCUACCGCAAGUUGCGUGUUGACCCAUCCAAGAUGAGGAAAUUGCAGACUGGUGGGCCCGACGGUGACUUGGGAUCAAACGAGAUCCUUCUGAGCAAUGAGAGAUAUAGUGCUAUUGUCGAUGGGUCUGGUGUUCUGGUUGACCUGAACGGUCUCGAUCACCAGGAACUCAUUCGCCUGGCCAAGCGACGUCUUAUGAUUUCCGAGUUUGAUGUCUCCAAGCUCUCGCCUGAGGGGUAUAGAAUUCUGAUAGAGGAUACCAACGUCGCUCUUCCUAACGGCGAAGUUGUCGCCAAUGGUACUAUUUUCCGUAACACCUUCCAUACCCGCACCGACAUCCCCUACGAUAUUUUCGUUCCCUGCGGUGGGCGACCCGAGGCCAUUGACCUGGGCAAUGUCGGAAAGUUCAUUAAGGACGGAAGGACUGUUAUUCCUUAUAUCGUUGAGGGCGCCAACUUGUUCAUCUCUCAGGACGCUAAGCUGAGAUUAGAGAAUGCUGGUACACUCCUCUUCAAGGACGCUAGCGCCAACAAGGGUGGUGUCACUAGUUCUUCCAUGGAAGUCCUUGCAUCGCUUGCCUUUGACGAGGCCGGUUUUGUCGAGCACAUGUGUGUCCAAGACGGCGUUGUUCCCGAGUUCUACAAGUCCUACGUUCAAGAGGUCCAGAAAACAAUCCAGGAUAACGCCCGCCUAGAAUUUGAGGCCAUUUGGCGCGAGAACCAGCAAACUGGCAAGAGCCGCUCCAUCCUUUCCGAUGAGCUCUCCCUAGCAAUCACCAAGCUGGAUGAAGAGCUCCAGAAGACUGAGCUUUGGAAUAAUGUUGCCUUGAGAAAGAGUGUUCUUGAAGACGCCCUCCCGCAAACCCUCCUCCAGCAGAUUGGCCUCGACCUCAUUCUUAAGCGUGUUCCUAACAACUACCUCCGCGCCAUCUUUGGCAGUUAUAUCGCUUCCCGCUUCAUCUACGAGUUCGGCAGCAACCCGAGUCAAUUCGCUUUCUUCGACUUUAUGACAAAGAAGAUGGGUGGGCUCGGUUCUAGGGCUGCCGAUGAGUCUUCGCAGGCCCCCCCUACCAAUUCCUUCAUCAAAAAUUGCCCUCGUUGAGCGGGGAAACAUUUGUCCCUUUUUCUAAGGAAAAAGCUUAAAAACUAGAAGUCCUCUUGGUUUAUUUCCUGUUUUCCAUUUUCCCAAUUCUUUCAUUUUCGGCUUCUUAGUUAACUUUUUGGAUGGCAUGGGUUUGAUAAAGGGGAUACGGCUGUUGCUGGUUGAAUUGUAUGGCGUGCCGUGGCCAUGGCGGGUGAUGUACUUUAGGUUGUUCGGUUCAUUUUGGGGUUUUGUAACAUAGAACAAGAGCCUUUAGCUUUGUUAUUGUGCGCGAGGUUUCGUUUUGAUGAAGGAAGGGGCUUUAUGGAUUUAGUCCAUCAGUUAUGAUACCAGUUUGCCGUACCCCG